CGCCACGUCCCCUCGAAUGUUCGAUAUCGACGCAACACCACACUACUCUUCUCGUCUCGUCUCCCUCCCCCUCCCCACCUCGCCCGCUCGUUUCCACCACUCCGCUCUCUCCCCUCCUUAUCCCCGUCCUCACCUCACCAUUUCACCAACCACCUCGCGUACUCCGGCCAACACCACGGCGACCAUGAUGGCCGCGCCGCUCGCCGCCGUCCACGCCAUCAUCACCUGCUCCGCCUCCAACAAGAACAGCCCCCCCAGCGCCAGGCAGCAGCAGCAGACGACGACGACGACGGCGACGCGUGGCUCGCCUGCUGCCCUGCCGUCGUUGCUGAGGACGACGGCGGCGGCGGCGGCGACGGCGGCGCUGGCGCUGGCGCCGCCGGACGCGCUGGCCGCGGGCGGCGAGUUCGGGAUCCUCGAGGGCCGGAGCGUCGCGCUGCUGCACCCGCUCGUCAUGGGCGGCCUCUUCGCCUACACGCUCUGGGCGGGCUACCUCGGGUGGCAGUGGCGCAGGGUGCGCACCAUCCAGGACGAGAUCAACGAGCUCAAGAAGCAGCUCAAGCCCGCCGCCGCCGCCGCCACGCCCGCCGCCGUCGCCGCCGGUGACUCCUCCUCCUCCUCCUCCUCACCUCCCCCUUCCGCACCCAAGUCGCCUGUCGAAAUCAAGAUCGACGAACUCACCGAGGAGAGGAAGAAGCUGAUCAAGGGAUCGUUCCGGGACCGGCAUUUCAACGCCGGCUCCAUCCUGCUCGGGCUGGGGGUCACCGAGUCCGUCGGCGGCGCGCUCAACACGUGGUUCCGCACCGGCAAGCUCUUCCCGGGGCCGCACCUCUUCGCCGGCGCCGCCAUCACCGUGCUCUGGGCCGCCGCGGCGGCGCUGGUCCCGGCGAUGCAGAAGGGGAACGAGACGGCGCGGAGCCUGCACAUCGCGCUCAACGCCAUCAACGUCCUCCUCUUCAUCUGGCAGAUCCCCACCGGCCUCGAGAUCGUCGGCAAGGUCUUCGAGUUCACCACAUGGCCAUGAACAAACAACACAACACAACACAAUGCAGUGCUGCAAUUCCAUUCUCCUCUUAAUUAGGUUUUCUUUUGACUCCAUAGCCGAUCUUGCGUGUGUUCAGCUGCUUCACCUUCCACAGUGUUCAUUGGUUCGUCCCUGUUCAAAAAAUAUAGUGAAUGAAUGACAUGAAAGAAUUCAGAUGUGCAAACGGUUUGAAUUCUUAACGAUUGGUCCAAAUUUGAUCAUAGGUUCUAUUGAAUAUCGGAGUUCAGAUGUUCAGAUGACGCAUGAUCAUUGAUCAACUGAUUGUUUUCUGCAAGAUCUUCAGACUUAGAAUCGGUGCUGACAGCAGCCCAUAUAUACAGGGAGUAGUAACUUUGUACUGCAUAGGCUAUACGAGUAUCAAAUUACAAUACAUUUGAAAAUAAGACGGUAUUGAAUCAA